UCCUAUUCCUAUAUAUAUAUGAAUGCAUUCCUAUAGAUAUAGUUAUGCACUCUCCUCACAAUUAACAUAUUAAGACAAAAAAAUAAAUUGAAGUAUCAAUUUCGAAAUCUUCUCUCUCUAUACUCUAUAUUUGUGUUAUAAUUACUUUAAUUAAUAUAAUUCAAGUUUAUUAGAGUAAGAGAGAUAUGGACAAUGAAGAAAUUCCAUCAAUACCCGGAACACCUGGAAAUGCAACACCUGGUACACCUGGUGCCCCUCUUUUUGGUGGCUUAAAGCCUGAGAAAAAUGGAAAUCGUUCUGUUGGUAGAAAUAAAUCACUUCUGAAGAAUAUGAAUUGUUUUGCUGUUGAAGAAUGGAAUUUGGAAGAUGGUUCUUUACCUAGAGUCUCUUGUGCUUUGCCAUUGCCACCUGCUCCUAUCCCUCUUGCUAAAAAGGUUGGAGCAGAGUUUAUUGGCACAUUCAUUCUAAUGUUUGCUGGAAUUGGAACUGCAAUAGAGAACCAAAAGGUUGAAAAUUCAGAGACACUAAUAGGAUGUGCUGGAGCUAGUGGACUUGCUGUUAUGAUCAUAAUUCUAUCAACUGGUCAUAUCUCUGGUGCUCAUCUCAAUCCUGCUGUUACCAUCUCAUUUGCUGCAUUGAAGCAUUUUCCUUGGAAGAAUGUGGGAGAACUUGCGGGAAUUGCGGUGGGAGCCACCGUCAUGCUCAACAUACUCAUAGCAGGGCCUGCAACUGGAGGUUCAAUGAAUCCAGUAAGAACACUGGGCCCAACAAUUGCUACAAACAACUUCAGAGGCAUAUGGUUAUAUCUCAUAGCUCCUAUUCUUGGAGCUCUAACUGGGGCAGGUGCAUACACUGUUGUCAAAUUGCCUAAUGAAGAAUUUAACCCAGAGUUAAAAGCCUCUUCUGCCCCUGGCAGUUUCAGAAGAUGAUGAUAACUCAUCCAUAAUAUCCCUACAUAAGAGAACUACUCCACUAGAUAUUUUUAUAAGAAAAGGUUGAGUUAAAAUUUAGUCAAAAAAAUUGAUGUAUCUGGUCCAUAUUAUGAAUAAGAUAUAUUAACUUUUGUUGACUAAAUUUUUACCCAACUGUCUCUUAUAAAAAGGACAAAAGGGAGUACUUAAGUAGAAUAUUUGUAUCAUAAUAUAUAUAUAAAUAAUAGAAUGUAAUUUAGCAAGAAUGAGUAUAGCAAUUGGUGCAUCCCUAGCUAGGUACAUGCACAUAUUGCAAUAUGUGUGUUCAAAUGUAUUGUGUGACAUUAUAUCCAAGAAGAAAAAAAAAUCAGUGUUGUUAUUGUACGCGUGUGUAUGUAUGUAUCGUGUGACAUUAUGUC